UCUGCACGGUAGACGGUUUGAAGGUCUUCUCUUUACUGAGCUGCUCUCAGCUCCGCCCGAAAACCCUAAGCUCCCUCUUCGUUCUCACUUCCAUAUAUCUUCACGCCAUCUAAUCGGAUCAUUAACCUAGGUCAAGAGAUCAAAGCCAUGAACUGCGAAGUCUGCCAGCUGAAAGAACUAGUGCUCGAGCCACUUGAGAUUCGCGAAGUGUUGCGCUGCAUACUCCAUACUAUUGUCUUUCACCGAGCCCUUGGUCUCGUUCGGCCAAAAGAUGUUGAUUGUGAACUAUUUGAAAUAACAUAUGUUCAUUGUGGAGAUGCAGAGCUAGACAAGAAAAUAGAAGAAAAGAUUGACCAGUUUAUGACUUGGGUUGAGAAACAUCCUAACAGGAAAUCCCAGGUAUCCUUAUCUUUUUAUGAAGUGAAAAACAAGCAGCAAAACUGGUUUAGUAACAAAAUUGAGCGCCUAUAUUGGGAGCAGUGGUACAUUAAUUUGCAUGUAGUAACUCCUAAACAACAUGGCAAAUCUCAUCACAGCAAAGUUCCUGUAAAUUCUGGAGGGGCAGAGUUGGAAGAGACCACAUCUCGCCGUGCUUCUCUGGAGGCUUCGUUGCGUGAAGUUUUGUUCCAUAUCAUAAAAUUUGUCAAUGAUAAGAAGGAUCACAUCCCUCCUAUACCAAAUAACGAUGUUAUAUCCUUCCCUUACGAAAUUACAAUCCCCAGUUCGUCGGAUUCAUCAUUUGGUCGGCACACGGCUGAUGUCUUGAAGAGGAUGCUGCAGACCGCACAUCCCAAUAUGCUUAGCUGAUUUCAGAGCUCCAUGGCAGCAUUGCUUAGUAGGAUUCUGCCACCCUUUUCUUUAUUUGAACAGAUGUGCUUAACUGAUUGAAGAAUCUGAUCUUACUGAUUGUAAAUAGAGCAUCUCCUUACCUUUGCACAU